AUGGCUGAUCCUAUCAACAAAGACGCCAUCGCGGCCGAAAGCGCCCAGAUAGAGUCCGCCUCUCCCGACAAGCCCACCGCGAUACACACAGACGAUGCCAUCCGUCCGGCACCAAGACUGCCCAAGGGCAUGGACAAGGCCGAGCAGUUCCUCAAGGAGGCCGGGCACAGCGUGACGGUUACGGUGGGCAACAACCGACGCGUGGUGCGGCUCAUCGACAUGCGGCUGCUCCCCAUCCUGCUGGUGGUCUACAGUCUGCAGUCGCUCGACAAAAAUACCCUGUCGUACGCCGCCGUCUUUGGCCUCGUCGAUGAUGCCAACCUCGUCGGCGAUCAGUACAGCUGGCUGGGCAGCGUCGUCUACGUCGCCCAGCUCGUCUUCCAACCCCUCGUGGCCUACCUGCUCGUCGUCAUGCCCGUCGGCAGGUUCAUGACGGUCAUGGUGUUUUGCUGGGGCGUCAUCCUGUGCGGCAUGGCCGCCGCCCACAACUUUGCCGGCCUCAUGAGCGCGAGAUUGAUGCUCGGCAUCUUUGAGAGCACCGUCGCCCCGGCCUUUGUCGCCAUCGUGCAGAUGUGGUACCGCCGCCGCGAGCAGACCAAGCGAAAUGCAGCCUGGUAUGCCAUGUUGGGCAUCGUCAACAUGAUUGGUAGCCUGUUGACGUACGGCCUGGGUCACAUCCAGACAGAGGCGCUGCACUCGUACCAGAUCAUCUUUUUGUUCUGUGGUGGCUUGACGGUUGUGUGGUCUGUUGUUAUGGGCAUCUUCAUGCCCGACUCUCCCAUGACGGCCAAGUUCCUCAAGGGUGACGACAAGCUCAUCGCUGUUGAGAGACUGCGCAUGAACCAGCAGGGUAUCAGCUCGGGAGUCUGGAAGUGGGAGCACGUUUGGGAGUGCAUGUUGGACCCCAAGACGUGGCUUUGGUUCUCUACCAUGUUUAUCAUUUCCGUCCCUAGCGGUGGCAUUUCAACCUUUGGCCCCCUGAUAAUCGGCUCCUUUGGCUACGACCGCUUCACCACGAUCCUCUUCAACAUCCCCUUUGGCGCCAUCCAAAUGGUGGCCACCCUGGGCGGCGCUUGGCUCGCCGACAAGAUCAAAAUGAAGGGCCCCGUGCUGAUGCUCCUCUGCAUCGGCCCCAUCGCCGGCUGCGCCAUCCUGCUAGCGACUACCCGCGAGGCUGCGGACCGGGGGCUGAACCUGUUUGCCUACUACAUCAUCUCCUUCUACCCCGGAAUCUCACCCCUCAUCUACUCGUGGUCGGGCCAGAACACGGGCGGCGACACCAAGCGCAAGGUGACGACGGCCAUGAUCUUCAUCGGCUCCAACGCCGGCAACAUCCUGGGCCCCUUGCUCUUCACGACCGAGGAGAAGCCCGGCUACAGGAGGGGCCUGCUGGCAAACCUCAUCAUGUUUGCCCUCCUCAUCGUCCUCUUUGGCCUGGGCAUGCUGCUCAUGAAGUACCUCAACAGGAAGCACACGGCUCAGCGCGUCGCGCUCGGCAAGCCAGAGGUCGUCAUCGACUACAGCAUGGCCGACACCAGCGCCACCAUGAGCGAUGAUGACCCGAUCAAUGACGAGUCGGUGGGCGAGAGGGGUUUCGAGGACACGACGGAUCUGAAGAAUGAGGACUUUAUUUAUGUGUACUAA